UUUUGUCUUGUAGUAAAUAACUAAAAAGAUCCGUUUCCUCGUAUAACCACAAGCCAGCCGGCCAUUGCUCCUCGUCUCUCUCGCGUUCUCUCUCUCUUACCCCUGCUCCGGCGAGGUUGUGGCCCGAGAUGGCGAGGGUUUCUUCGAUGCUGACGACGGUGAAGGCGUACUCGGUUCCGCUGAUGCUCUUCAUUGGAGCCAUGGUGUAUCAGCUCGUCGUUAUUCCAAACACGUUCCCUCGUUGUCACUAUGAUGUUUUGGUCUUGAAGAGGCAUAGUUCUAUCCAGGAAGUAGAAGAGGCGUAUGAGAAGCUUUCCUCAUCUGGGAACUCAGAUGGGGAAUUGCAAAAGUCAUCCGAAUUUAUAAAGAUUCGUUAUGCUUAUGAACUGCUGACCAACCCCACUUGGAAAAGAAAUUAUGACAUGUUUGGCAUUGAAGAGCAACAUGAUGUUAUUGAAGAGGCCAAACAGAAAUAUGCUGGGAAAAGCUAUUCUGGAGUGCACCUUCCGUUACUAGAUGCCGCUGCUUCUGACUCUGGAGACCAAGCUUCUAAUGCCAUUACCUUGAAGGAUGUUCUUACAUCUGAAGCUGACAGCCCAUGGCUAUUUAUGAUAUAUUCAUCUGGGAGCAAGUGUUGUGCUCAUCGCUUUGACAUCUGGAAAAGAAUAGCUGCUCUGUUGGAUGGAGUUGCAAAUACUGGUGCUGUGGAACUUGGCGAGGUUCAACUUGCAGCAUAUCUUGCUGAGAGAAAACCAACAGGACAAUUGUUUUACAGAAAUGGUAUUCCUUCAAUUGUUGCUUUUCCACCUCAAUGUAGAAAUGCAGACUGUCUAGUUAGGUUUGAAGGAGAAUUAAGUACUGAUGCGGUGACCGAUUGGUUUGCGACAACCAUACUCAGUUUACCUCGCAUUCGAUACUACUCUAAGGAAUCACUUGGACAAGCUUUUAUGGCAAAGACCAGCCCUCACAAGGUAAAGGUUAUUUUGUUCUCAAAGACGGGGGAACGUGCCACUCCAUUUGUGCGUCUUGCUGCUAAGAAUUAUUGGUCUUAUGCAUCAUUUGCUUUUGUACUGUGGAGAGAAGAGGAAUCUUCCUUUUGGUGGAAUGCGUUUGAGGUGGAAUCUGCACCUGCUAUCGUAAUUUUGAAAGAUCCUGGCGUCAAGCCUGUUGUGCACCAUGGACCAGUCAACAACUCUUGGUUUUCCAAUCUGAUAGAACAGAACAAACAUCAAGAACUUCCUCAACUGAGGACUGUAACAUCACAUGAACUGGGUUGCGAUCCCAGAGGCUAUUCCCGAGCUGGAGUUAAUGUGGAAUCAUGGUACUGUGUGAUACUAGCGGGGAGGCUCAGUCGGGAGCUAAAUGAAAUGCGCCAAACCAUGUGCAGGAUCCGAGAAAUGUUAUCUAGUGAUGGUGAGUUAAGUUCAGUUGACAAUGAGGAAUCCUCGAUACAUGCAGCUGUUGCAUUGAAAGAUAAGCGGCUCACUUUUACAUGGCUUAAUGGGGAAUCCCAGGAAAAAUAUUGCUUAUUUUACCUUCAAUCAGAAACCAGCUAUGAUACCUGUGGACCUAGAAGGGACAUUGCUGAUGUGCCUAGGUUGUUCAUUGUACGUUACAAGAGAAACUCAACAGAGGAAAACACUGAGGUUAAGAAAAACCCCAGAAAUAUGUGGGAUGCAUUGCUAAAUGAGGAUGCGGAUCCUGCAGCACAGCUUGUGGCAAGGUACAAUGGCUCCAACGAAAUUCCUGAGAUUAGUAAAUGGAUUUCUGGUAUAAUCAAGGAUGGCGACUCCAGAGAUCUCCCAUUCUAUAGAACAAAGACUCCUGAGCUUGUUCCUGAGGGCGAAGAACCCAUGUUUUCCAAAGGUGCUCAGAACAUCUUAUCCAAGAGUACAGGAAUGACCCAGAAGAUCCGUGGCUUCAUAAGAGGAUUUUUUGAUCGCCUGGGAGAUCCUAGAAUCGGUCCAUUCUUGCUUUUAGGAGCAUUGGUGUCCUUUGGUACCGUAUGGCUGCGUAGAAGUCAACCAAGUCAGCCAAGUCAGCCAAGUCAACCGGAUCAAUCAGAACAGUCUAGUCAACCAGAUCAAUCAGAACAGCCAAGCAGGAAGGAGGAAGCUAAAACAGGACGCAGAGAACGACGGAGAACGACUUCAAAAAAAGAUGGGCCUUCUUCAAUUACUGAUGCAGAACCUAAAGAUGCUUACCAGAUGCCAUUUUCGGAUUCUGAUUCUGAGUAGUCAAGAUGCUUAUUCUCAGCAGUGGUAGAGGUCAGGUUUGAACAUACAAGGAAGUUUAACUUGUUCGCCAUGCGAGACAGCAUACUGGGCAAGGCAAGCAACAAUCAUGGCCGGUCUUAGCUUCACUUUUGAGGAUCAAAACAACCUUAUCUUACGAAGGAAAGUACAUGCGAUGGAUGAACUGCUUGCACCUGCCUUGAUCAUCCUUUGCUCCACGACUUUUUUUGCACUGAUAUAGAUGCUAAAAUUGCUUUUGCUAGAUUGAAUUUGUUAAUUGCCCAAAGUUAUCGGUCCACCUUUAGUGCACUCAAAUAAUGGAACUAUUGCAGAAUUUGCCAUCUU